AUCUUAGGUGUCAUGCCAAUUCAGAGAGGAAAAAUCGGCACAAUAACCUUCGGGUGGUUGAGUGGACCGAUGAUCUAUGCUUACGUUUUUUAUGUUAUAACUACUGUUAUAGUCCUGCUAGUGGGCUAUGAGCGAGUCGACAUUUUACUGAACAAGAGCAAAAAAUUCGACGAAUACAUCUACUCCAUUAUCUUUAUUAUUUUUUUGGUGCCUCAUUUCUGGAUUCCGUUUGUAGGUUGGGGAGUUGCUAAAGAAGUUUGUGAUUACAAAAACGGAUGGGGAUUUUACCAGCUCCAUUACUAUAAAAUCGUUGGCAGGGAUAUGAAAUUCCCACAUCUCAGCACGUUAAUAGUAAUAAUAAGCUUGGGUUGUCUGAUAGUAGCAGUGAUGUUGCUGCUAACUUUGAGUGCUCUACUUGACGGAUUUACUUUAUACCAUACCUCAGCAUAUUAUCACAUCAUUACGAUGAUCAAUAUGAAUUGUGCUCUGUGGUACAUCAAUUGUAGAGCUAUAGGAAACGCAAGUCAUGCAUUGGCGGACAGUUUUCAGGAGGAUAUAAAACAAAAUUGUUCUGCAUAUAUGAUAGCCAAUUAUAGGAUUCUGUGGCUAGAACUGAGUGAGUUGCUGCAAGCUAUUGGUAAUGCAUACGCAAGAACCUAUGCAACAUAUUCUUUAUUUAUGAUCACCAAUAUCACAGUUGCAAUAUAUGGCUUUACAUCGGAGGUAGUGGACCACGGAAUAACAUUUUCUUUCAAAGAAAUGGGACUGCUUGUAGCUGGUCUCUAUUGUCUCACUCUAUUGAUGAUAUUUUGCAACUGCUCCCAUCAAGCCUCAGAAAAUAUAGCAGGGAGGAUCCAGACCUCUUUAUUUGACAUCAGGAUAUUUAACGUUGAACAAGAUACAACGAACGAAAUUGAACUCUUUUUAACAGCUAUACGCCUAAAUCCACCAACAGUAUCUUUGAGAGGAUUUUCAGAUGUGAAUAGAAGAUUGGUCACAUCUAGCAUUGCUACUAUAGCUAUAUAUCUGGUAAUUUUACUCCAAUUCAAGAUAAGUUUAGUGAACCUCCACAAUUAAAAAAAAGUGAAUUUAAAAUACAGUAGUUAGAUAAU